CUCCAGGGACCUGCAUUGGGAGAAAGGGAUAAUAGGCCCCAAGGUGCCUGACCCCAGCCUUUGACACUCACAUUUCUCCCGGAGAUACCAAUCCCCACCAGCUGGUUAAAUGAUGCCACCAAGAUCUUCAUGACAUCACUGGCAAGAAUGUUGUUGUGGUCACUCAGCCCACAUCUGCCUGGCUUGAGCAGAGCUGAAGCCUCUUUCUCCUGCCCAGAUUCACAUUGCCAUCAGAACAUUUCCUGUGCUUCCAGCACCCUGAAGGAUCCCUCCUGCCCUGCCACCUGGCCUCACCCAUGUUUCCUCCUACAUUCCCAAAGCUGCUAAACCUCUUGGGAUUGCUUGCUUUGGCAAGUCUAAAUCCUGGCUAGCAUUCAAUAGAGUUUGGCCACAGGGCCAUGGGGUAGGAGGAUCCUAUGGGCUGCAAGUGGUCCCAGCACACUCAGCCCAGGGCUGUGCCACCUCUGGCAGCAAGGACCCAUGAUCACACCCUACAGCAGCAGCACCCCAACAUAUUCCCACCCCAAGGUGGUCCCACUCCUUAAACUGGGACCACCUCCACCCUGGGGCUGGAUGCUCCUAGCUCCCUGUGCAGUGCUCCACAGGGGAGAGGCAACUAAAUGCACCUUUUCCUGAUGCUGAGAGGUGGUCAAGGGCUGGAUGGUGGCAGGUAGGUGAGGAUGGGGAGGAGACCCUGGAGCCACCUGAAAUACAACAUGAUGAUCAUCGUGAGGGAUCCUGUUAUUAUCACAGCUCAAGGUAUUGUGAUUUGCUGCAAAACUUCCUCCAGCUCUGAGUAACCCUGCUCAGGCACAGAACAUCAACUAUCUCCGAAUAAGCCUUCCCCUUGUUGUGCUAUCACUAGAACAAAUUGUCCUUCUCUGAGCAAAAAUAGAGAAGGAAAGACACUGUUAUCUAGCUACUGUUGACAAGCAAUUAACUCGUUUUUCGGGUCAUGCAAGCUUCUUCACUCCAUGCUCCCCCAUCCCUCAAGCUCAUGUCACUUCUGCUUCUCAGCUUCUUAGUGUAUCACACCAAGAGGCUGUGCCUGCCUCUCUGUCUUUUGUCCCCUCUGUCCUGCUGAUAGCUACCCUCCAGCUUAUGCAGCUUAUCCAUCUGGCCCCAUGGGAUCUCCUCACUGAAGCAGAGGAGCCCCAUCUCCUUCUGGGCAUGCAAAAUGCACCAGGGUAUCUCUGCUCAGGGAGCCUGAGGCCACUUUUCAGCUUUGGAAGCUGGCACUCACCUUUUUGAGGAGGGACCUGCAGCUUUGCCACUCGCUCAGGGGGAGACCUCCAGUCCAGCCACGCAGUGGUAGCAGGGGGAUGCAAACCACAGGAGAGUUUAUCUGGGCAGCUCGAUCAUCCCAGUCACUCCUGCCUGGUGCUCUGCUGCCUCCCCCCACCCAGCAUCAGCUCUGCUCUCUCUCCUUCUAGAGCUCCUCUCCUCUCGCUCUGACUCCCCCUUUUCCCUCCCUCUGCUCUUACUGCUGAUCCAUAGUUCUCUGUUGUUUUUUUUCCCCUCUCCCUGAGGUUGGGUUUGGAGUUAACUCCUCUCUGCCCAGCUUUCCUGCAGGCUCAGCUACUCCCCGCUCCUUCUGAUGAGAAGGGGGUGGCAGAGACAAAGCCCACUACUCUCUGAUGGAAAAGGAGAGGGAAAGGGUCCCUUGGACCUCAGUAGCCAUCUCUCGGUGCUGGUUGUUCAGGAUGUGCUGUUUAUCACCUCCAGGGAAUGUAAAUAUCCCACCACUGUGAGCCUUGGUCCUGCCACGUCCCUCGAAUAUAGGGUCCUAAACCUCCUGGAGAAUGAGCAAUUAAUUGCUGUUACUAGCUGUUAUUAAUUAAUUGUUGGUAGCACUGAGCAGAUUGAGCCUCUCCCACAAUGUCUGACCUAGGGAAGGAGGAAAAAGCAGGUUUUGGAUUCCAUCCAGUCCAGGUCUCCACCAGUACUGCAGUAUGGGAGGGAAGACAAGACUUCCAGGAUGGCCACCUCCAGAGGUCCAGCUCCAUAACAGCUGCCUGGGACACAUGGGGGCUUGCUUAUGUGCCAGGAGAGGACAGUGACCCACAUAGCCCUCCUGUCCUGCCACUCUGUUGCCAUGUCCAUCCUGGUGACAGGACUUGUGCCCUGAGGACUUCCAGGUGCGCUGAGUGCAACUUGGUGAUCCUUUCUCAGCAAGACUCAAAUGCCACCAGCUUCCCUUCACUGGGAAGGUUGUACCUCUUCCAAUGAUGGAGCAGGAUGUAGAGAAGGAGGCUCCUUCCCCUCCACAUCAGCUCAAAUUAUCCCCAUUGACUCAGCGGCAAGCAGGACCAUGUGGCUUCUCCCCGCCACCUGCCCCUCUGGUGGAGCGAGGGGCCUUCUGCCACCUUCCUCUGGGAAGGAGCGAGGUGUCCCCGCCAGCUGCCUAUCAGCCACUGUAACCAGGGAAAAGGGGAAGGCCAUGCCUUGGGACGCAGUGAUAACCCAGGGGAUGCGGCAAACUGCAAGAUUGCAGCAGGGCACAGCCUGCCACAGUGCUGCUCACCAUGGAGGGAUCACACCACAGCUGCCUUCUCCUCCUCCUCUGCCUGCUCCCACCACCGGCCAUCCCAGGCCCACCACUGCCUCUGGAGGAACCUCGGGAGCUGCUGCCACUGUCCAGCCCCGCUGACCCCACCGCCCACCAGCUGCACGGCCAGUCCUCAGCCCCAGUGCGGUCCUACAGCCUGUCACUCUCCCCCGAGGAUUAUCACUACUCCCCCAAACCCCGGCACCUGCGCCCCGGGCGGCUGCGCCGGCUCCUGGGCUCAGCCUUCGACCCCUUCUGGAUGGCGACCGAGGAGCCCCACGGUCGCAACGGGAGUAUCCUCGAGGAGAACCUGGAGUCCAUGAGCAGGGCCCUGGCCGAGGGUGCCGGGCGAUAUCACCGCAAGCUGUGGCGAGAGGUGGAGGGGCUGGAGCUGCCCACCCUGCUACCCCCAGAGCUAGCGGGGACCCUGGCCCGCCAGCUGCAGCAGUGGCUGGUGGAACGGGCCACUUGCCGCCUCACUGCCACCUGACCCGUCUUCUGGCCCCGCUGGGUGCGCCACACCACGUGUGAGACAGGCCCUCCCGGCUGCUCCUGGCCACCCGGCAUGAGCUGCCAGCCUGCGCAACUCACCCGCAUCAAGCUGCUGGCCUGGCACUGCUGGGUCCCACAGCACCCCAGCCUCACAAACUGCACCUGGCGGCAGGUCCCCUAUCCCGUCGUGGCCACCUGCAAGUGCUCCUACCGCUGAGGGGGCUGCAGGGAGCCAAGGUACCUCCCAGUGCCUGUUCCUGUAGCCAGAAGGCCUGAAAAGGCAAAUGUCUGCCUGG